CACUGCUGGAACCUUCGAGAAAUUCCAAUACCUCCACCACAUCUAGAAGAUUUAUGUAUGGAAGGGUGCAAUUCCUUGGAUUCACAAUCAAGAAGAAGAUUAUUGAGUCAGUUUGGAGAAAUGUUUGGGCUUCCACAAAAUAUGGUAUGUUCAAGGGGAUCAUUGCAUCAGGACUCUGUUUCUGAAAAGUGCUGCGAUACAUCUAAAAUGUGUUCUACACUUGAACUUGGGGAUGAUGGAUUUCAAUUUAACCUUAUCCUUCCAGGAACUAAGAUUCCAAAGUGGUUCAACCAUCAAAGUGUUGGAAGCUCCAUAUCAUUCUCAGUUGGUUCGAAAUCUCUAGCAUUUGCUUUCUGUGUUGCUUUAAAAAUAGAACUGAAGGAUAUUGUGGCAAGUCGAUUUGAAAGGUUUCUUUGUUCUGUCUACAUUUUCUUCAAAGGUUAUAAAAAAAAGUUAUUUUCAUGUGAAUUUUUGUUAGAUUCAUCAUCUUUUAUGUGGUUUCACUAUAGAAGCAAUAGCUCAUUUGAUGGCAUAGUUUUAGAGGAUUGCAACAAUGUUAAGUUUCUAUUUGAGGUUUCAGAUUAUGAUCCAAAAAUGGCAAAAUUUACAAUAGAAAGGUGUGGGGCCCAUGUAGCAUGCAUCUGUCCUUCUCGGAAUCCUGCUGUAGAUAAGAUGGCCUGCAUAAGAGUUCAUGAAAGUUUAAGAGUGUCCUUUGAUGAAAACUUAAAAAUGUUUUUAUGUAGAGUAGUUGCUCAAAACCUCGUUAGAUUCUCAAAAACCUAUUGCCCUCUCUGUGAAAUAGCUGAAGAUUCCCUUUUACAUCUAUUUCAAUGUUGUCCCUAUGCCAAAGGAGUGUGGUAUGGUGGUAGAUGGGAUUUUCGAGUUGAAAUGAUCCGAGCUCAAACUAUAAUGGAAUUUGUUGAACAUAUAAUUGACCCCCCAAGUGAGUUAAUCGCAGAAAGAAUCACCAAAGAUGAGUUCACACUAUAUGCAGUAGUGACAAUGAAAAUCCUUUGGAUGGCACGAGAGGAAGCUUUGGUUUCAAACACUAAACCCACCAUAAACCAAUUAGUCCAUCGUCUGAACAAACAGUAUGACUUUUACUUGAGACCACUCACCAAAGAGCAAAACAGGGGAAGUGCUUGGACCAAACCGCUUGAUCAAUUGGUAAAGCUUAAUUUUGAUGCAUCAUGUGAUCAAAAUAGUGUAGGCUUGGCUGUGGUUCUCAAAGAUCAAGACGGGAAUGGGAGAGCUAUCGGACGUGGCAUAAACAGCAACAGCAAGAUGGGAUUGGCAUUGGCCAAAGUGGAGCGCAAAUUGUGGUAGAGGGUACAAAGGUAAGCAUUCCUUGUAUUUGAUAAAAUGU